AUGUCUCUCUCUGUUCUAAGCAAUUCCUCUGUGUGUUCUUCAACCCAACAAAGAUUCGUUGUCAAUGAAGAUUAUGUUGGAAGUCAUAAUCCGACAAAGGUGGAAGCUUUAGACGCAUCAACUCAACAAAGAGAUGAGGUCGAUGUCUGUAGAAUGUUCUGCUCAAGCCAAGAACUAUGUGAGUGUAGCAAAUCUCCAUUGGUACAAAGUUUCAACAACACAAAGACUAUCACAGUUAUGAACAAUUUUAAUCUUUUCAUGCUUUAA